UCUCCCCUGAGACCUUUCCCUUUCCCCCCUUUCUCCUUCUAGGUGGCCAUGGUGGAAGUCCAGUUGGAUGCUGACCACGACUACCCUCAAGGGCUCCUGAUCGCAUUCAGCGCCUGCACGACGGUGCUGGUGGCCGUCCACCUCUUUGCCCUCAUGGUCAGCACCUGCAUCCUCCCCAACAUCGAGGCCGUCAGCAACGUGCACAACCUGAACUCGGUCAAGGAGUCCCCCCACGAGCGCAUGCACCGGCACAUCGAGCUGGCCUGGGCCUUCUCCACGGUCAUCGGGACUCUGCUGUUCCUGGCUGAGGUGGUUCUCCUCUGCUGGGUCAAGUUCCUCCCGCUGAAGAAGAAGUCCACAGGGGAAGCCAACAACAAUUCGAGCAUCACCCCCGGAGAGGCAGCUGCUAUCGCUUCCACCUCCAUCAUGGUGCCCUUCGGGCUGAUCUUCAUCGUGUUUGCGGUCCACUUCUACAGGUCCCUGGUGAGCCACAAGACAGACCGGCAGUUCCAAGAACUGAACGAACUGGCCGAAUUUGCCCGGCUUCAAGAUCAGCUGGACCACAGAGGCGACGCCCUCCCGCCCGGCAGCCAUUUCGCAUAAAAUGGCCGCUCGUUUUUUUUUUAAAGCAAAUAUUUGUAUCUUAUUCUCUUGACUCGCCCAUGCAUGAACUUGGCUAGACUUUGAUGAUUUGUUUGGAACGAGAGUGUAGAAGUACUGUCUUUUUAACCCUUUAGUGUCUGUUUUUUACUUAUAACAUCAGGAGGGCUAAAUCCUAGGGGGCACAGAUGUUAGCCAGGGCAUCUGACCGAAAUGAUCUGGGGGGGCUCAGCACCUGCCCUAUGAGGAUCGGCUGAAACUCUGUUUAGCUUAGAAAAAAGUGGGUAAAUGGAGACAUGAUAGAGGUCUCCAAAAUUUUGCAUGGGGUGGAGAGGAUAGCUUUUCUCCCUCUCCUAUAAUACUAGAAACCAGGUCCAUCCACUGAAGCUGAAGAGUGGGAGGCAAGAGGAGGUAUUUCUUCACACAGUCCUUUGUUAAACUGUGGAACUCACUGCCACCGGAUGUGGUGAUGGUUGCCGGCCUGGAAGGCAUGGACAAAUUCAUGGCGGAUGGGGCUCUGAGUGGCUACUAGCCACAGUGGAUAUCUUUACUCUUUUUCUGUCUUGUGCCACUUGUGGGGCCUGGAAAAUUGUGCAGCCAGGCCAGUGGUUGUGUUUAGUUGGGGUUGGGGAGGACUGCCCAGGUACCCAGCAUUAAACAAUAACAUUUGGAAGCUUCUUCCUUUCAAUAGCCACAUUCAGGCCUUGUUGGUUGAUCAGGUCAGUGUGAUGUCACUUCCUGGCCGUCUGCGCUACAACGAACCACUGCAGAGCCAAAAGGGUCUGCCAUUUUGUGAGUAUGUUAAAAAGAUAGAUCCUGGCAAGAACUAGGAUUUUUAAAUGCUGUAUUGGUUGGGAAGCUUUGGAUUUUUUUAAACUGUAAGAAAUUGACUUU